UCGAGCGCUGGAGCGCGGGGCGAGCUGCUGCUGGCUGGGAGUGCAGCGGCCCGCGAGCUCCGUGAGGAGCGGCCGGCCGGCGCUGGAGAGAAGGACCUGAAGAUGGAGUAGUAACAAAGGCAUGCCCCAUGAUUCUGAGCACCUUUCCCUGUGGACUCCAGUCCUAGCCAGAGGCUGCACGUGGAGCUGAAGAAAUUGAUCUCCUGCUUUCCUGAGAACCCCUUUCUCUACUAAUUCAUGAGCCAGCAGGAUGCGGUCGCUGCGCUUUCAGAACGCCUGCUCAUAGCUGCGUACAAAGGCCAAGCGGAGAAUGUGGUUCAGCUCAUCAACAAGGGUGCCAAGGUAGCGGUUACCAAGCAUGGCCGGACCCCCUUGCACCUUGCUGCCAAUAAGGGCCAUCUCUCUGUGGUCCAGAUUCUGCUGAAGGCUGGCUGUGACCUCGACGUGCAGGAUGAUGGGGACCAGACAGCCUUGCACCGGGCCACUGUGGUGGGAAACGUUGAGAUCAUCACAGCGCUUAUCCGUGAGGGAUGUGCCCUGGACAGACAGGACAAGGAUGGGAACACAGCCCUCCACGAAGCCGCCUGGCAUGGGUUCAGCCAGUCAGCCAAGCUGCUUGUUAAAGCAGGAGCCAACGUGCUUGCCAGGAACAAGGCAGGGAACACGGCUCUGCACCUGGCCUGCCAGAACAGCCGCUCCCAGAGCACACGCGUCCUCCUGCUGGGCGGCUCCCGGGCUGACCUCAAAAAUAACGCAGGAGACACCUGUUUGCACGUGGCUGCGCGGUACAAUCACUUGUCCAUCGUUAAACUCCUUCUCAGUGCUUUCUGCUCUGUUCAUGAGAAGAACCAGGUUGGAGACACAGCCCUCCAUGUGGCUGCUGCCCUAAAUCACAAGAAGGUGGUUAGAAUCCUGCUGGAAGCUGGCGCUGAUACGACCAUUGUGAACAAUGCAGGCCAGACCCCGCUGGAGACGGCCCGCCACCACAAUAAUCCUGAAGUUGCUCUAUUGCUCACCAAGGCUCCCCAGAUCUUGCGCUUUAGUCGUGGACGAAGCCUGAGGAAAAGGAGAGAGAGGCUCAAGGAAGAGAGGAGGGCCCAGUCUGUGCCCAGAGAUGAGGUGGCACAGAGCAAGGGAAGUGUCUCAGCAGGAGACACCCCCAGCAGUGAGCAAGCUGUCCCCCAAAAAGAGGAAGCUAAAAGAGAUUGCCCAUCUGCUUCCCAGGAGCCCAGAAAGGAUGAGAGGAGGAGAAAGUCAAGGCCGGAGGUGUCAGCACUAUCUGACCCCACCCCAGCAGCAGACCAACAGCCUGGACACCAAAGGAACCCGCACAGUCACCACCACCCCAAAAAGAAGAACAGACAUCGAUGCUGGUCCCCACCUCCGCCCCAUGGGUUCAGGGCGUACCAGCUCUACACACUGUACCGGGGCGAGGAUGGAAAAGUCAUGCAGGCUCCGAUAAAGGGUUGUCGCUGUGAACCUCUCAUCAACAAGCUGGAGAACCAGCUGGAGGCGACUGUGGAGGAGCUCAAGGCCGAGCUGGGAUCAGUGCAGGAUAAAGUGAACGCAAAGCUGGGACAGAUGGAGACCAAGACGCAGCACCAAAUGUGUGUUUUGGACAAACUGAUGGUGGAGCGGCUGUCGGCGGAGAGAGCAGAAUGCCUGAAUCGCCUGCAGCAGCACGCAGCUGCUGAGAAGCAGGAGGGGGAGAAACGGCAGAUGUCCUUGGUGGACGAAUUAAAAGCCUGGUGCAUGUUGAAGAUCCAGAAUCUGGAGCUGAGGCUUUCUGGAGAGUCUCGAACCUGUAGAGCUAAAUCCACACCAUCUCCUUGUGACUCCUCUCCAGAUCAACCAGUGGUAGCUGCAGGGCCAUCGGCUGCUUCCAACAGCUCCUCUCAGGUUGUGAGGCCCAAGGAGAAGGCACUCGGUGCCACGGCUGCCCAGAGACAGCAGCAGGAGCUGCCUCCCUCUGACUGCACAGGCUCCCGGUUAACAAAGGUCAAGGCCCCGGCAGCCCCCUGCCCCCUGAAUGGGGCUCCCAAGUGUGAUCAGCAGACUGGGACCUGUGUCAACAGAGGUACUCAAACCAAGAAGUCUGGCAGAAGUGGGCAGACCAAGCAUCGAGGCCAGCAGCCUGCGGCCAGCAGCCCCUGUGGGCAGCAGUCCUCAGCAGCGGGCAGUGAUGUCCGAGAUGCCUCGCAAGCCCUGGAGCUAACCCAGUAUUUUUUUGAGGCCGUUUCUACCCAGAUGGAAAAAUGGUAUGAACGGAAAAUCGAAGAAGCACGAAGCCAAGCCAGUCAGAAAGCCCAACAAGACGAGGCCACCCUGAAGGAGCACAUCAGAAGUCUGGAAGAGGAACUCGCCAAGCUGCGGACGAAAGUGCAGAAGUAAAACCCAGACCCUGAGGUGAAGCAACGGGACUUCUGGCUUGGGAACAGGAAAGUGACUGUGUCCCAGGAGCUAGGGAUCAUGCACAGGUGGAAUUGCCCUAGAAGUCACCCGUCUGCUGUGGACACGUACUUCUGUGCUCUGAAGUUACAAAAGCUUCGCUAGUUACACCAAGCCUGGGAAGCUUGAGGAGGUGCAGGUCUCACUCCUAAUUCUAAACCUUAGGCCAGGUUCAGAAAAGCAAACCAUCCCGAGAAGAGGAGGUGUGUGCCUAAGUCUGUGAUUCAGUGACAUGAGAUGUGUUAGGAGCAAAGAUUACUCUCUGGAAACGCAACAAGUAGUCAUUCGCACCCACGUCAACACCUGCUGUGCCUAGCAGAGCCAGACUCAGAUGCAGCUGUGCCUAGCCGGU